GCUUCUUCGGGCUCAUGAUGUGAAUCCACUUCAUGUCCCCGGCAUUAUCGCCAAUGGAGACGCUGGUCGAUGGGUGUAUUGGAGCGAAAAUCUACCAUCUGAAGUGUUGAAGGAUUUUCGAAAGAGGCUGAGUGCGACUUUGAAUGAUGUCGCUCUGACUGCUGUUUCCCGGGGACUUCGAAAAUACAUGGAGCUCGUGUCCGAACGAGGCCUGAAAAACUCAUGGACUUUCAGUGCUUCGCAGCCCAUUUCUCUGUGGGUGAGGGGACAAACCACAAUCGGGAACUGCGUUAGCAAUGUUGUUUCCCCGUUGCCGUUCGUCUUGAGAACUCAUCCGUGGACGCAGCUGGAAGAAACAAGGAGCACCAUGGACCAGAUGCUGCGUUCUUCGUACCCAUGGGCAUCCUACAUGAUGCUCAAAUUGUUUCAUAACACUUACCCAAGGAGAUUGAUCCAGUUGCUCUCUUCCAUGAUGUCGGAAACGGCGACUGCUACUGUGACGAAUGUUGUUUAUUCACCCGACAUGCCGGAGUUGAUCAAGGAUGUUGGCCUCAUUGCAUCUUUGGAUCAGGGACAAGCUGUAGGAUUUGCCGUAUGCACAGCGAUGAAUACCAUCAAAAUGACGAUAGUUGCGGAUAAGUCGGCGUUUCGGACUUUGGACGACGUCGUCACAUUGUACACGCUGGUGAAGGAGGAGUUUUUGAGAUUUCAGUCCCUGAGCUUGACGGAUUGGACGACUUUCCAGCGCCGGAGUCGCCACGGGUCGGUGGAUGGAAGUUUAGACGUGACCCUGAGAGGAACCCCUGAAACAAUGACGGCUGCUGUGCAAUCGGUUCCGCAGUCGCCAAUGCUGCGGAAAGAAAUUAUUUGAAUUUUUUCAAAUUGGUGCGGGUUUUUUUUCGUUUUGGCAGUAAAGGACUUUUCGACGUU